UCACCAUCCCUAGGCAUGGACGAGACGAGCAGAAAUAGUGCGAAGCUCGACAUCGAAGGGGUUAGGCAGCAGUCAGUGAACGACGCGCUACGGGCGGACAGUCGAGCGAAGGAAAGCUACAAGCAAAUUGGUGAGGCGGACAUUAAUCGCAACAGCACAAACGGCUUCGGUGAUAAGUGUACUAGCAGCGGAGCGACCGAUAACAGCUUCCAGAUGCCACGCGAGAACGGCACGGGCGCCCGGGAGGGUGAGGACGAGCGGAUGUUGAAUGGUGGCGAAGGUGGCGGUGCCACCGUCGUCGUCCCGAGCAACGAGGACGCAUCCGAGAAGGAGAAGCUUGCCCAGAAGGAGGUGGAGGUGAAGUUUAUCUCCUCGUCCAACGGGGAUGCCCGUAUCGAUCUGGAGGUGGAGAGUCAGCAAACGUUCUCCGGCAUGACCAAGGAGGAGCUGAUGAAGUACGCCAACGACCCGUUCUGGGUGCGUCUCCGCUGGCUGCUGUUCGUGCUGUUCUGGGGUCUCUGGGUCGCGAUGCUGCUCGGUUCGUUCUACAUCAUCUACGAUGCGCCCAAGUGUUCCGCACCGGUUCCGCUUUCCUGGUGGCAGCAAGGACCGCUGAUCGAGAUCGACGAGACGCAGUACGAGUCGCAGCUCGAGACGGUUGCGCAGUACGGUGCGAAAGGGGUGGUGUACCGUUUGCCGGCCAACGAAACGUACUUCAUCGAGUCGGAGUCGGUAAGGGAGAAGCUAGAGAAGCUGAUCACCACCUUCCGGUCCAAGCAGAUUGAAGUGGUGAUUGACAUCACGCCCAACUUUGUAACGGCAGACGAUCCACUGUACAAGCUGGCCCUGGAGAAGGGACCGAACGAUCCGGCCUCAGCGAGAGCGUUCAUCUGGAACGACCGUGCGACGCUGCCGAACUGGCUGUCGGUAGCGGAAACCGGUAGCGCCUUCAAACCCGUCACCGCCACCCACGCCAUCCUGUCCCAGUUCGGGCCGGGUCGGUUCGAUCUGCAGCUCAACGAAACGAUCGCCAAGGAGAAGCUGAAGGGCGUGCUGAGGACGCUGAUCGGGUACGGGUUCCGCGGGGUGCGCCUAGCGAACGCCAAGCACUUCAUCGUCAGCAACAGCGGCAACGAGGAAGCGAUGCCGAGCCCCGAGGCGAACAAAGCCCUCUCGAUGGCGGACUACGGUUUUUGGACGCACAUGAAAACGACGUAUGUGGCCGGGUUGGGUGAGCUGCUGCACGAGCUCGCCGGUGUCGUGCACGGGGAGCUGCACGAGAACGGGUUCCUGUCGGUCACGGAGGACAUCCUGCGCCCGGAAGUGUUCGCGUUCAACGGUACCCUGCCGAUCGAUAUCCCGCUGUACGGUAACAUCGAGUACGAUCUGCGGGAAGCGAACAACGCGAACGCCACGAGAAAGCUCCGGCACGACAUCGAGAACACGUACGAGGCGAUCCGCGCGUACCGGACGUGCUGCGGUGGCCAACCGUGGCUGCAGCUGCGCUACAACAAUGCCUCGCUGCAGUACCUCGGUGCGUCGGAGUACACCAUCUUUAACUUCCUUCUGCCCGGUGUGCCACUGUUCGGUCUCGAUGUGCUGACGGCCAAUGGCGUUACGAGGGAGACGAUCGAAACGCUGGAAAAGUUCCGCGCCUCACCUUCGUUCCAGCACGGCCAGUUCGCUGUGUACAACGAUGCGUCCGCUAGUACGAUUGCGUACAUACGGCUAAAGUCCGGCAACCCCGGAUACUUUGUGGCGCUAAAUCUCGAUCCGAGCGAGGAAAAGGUUGCCGAUUUCAGCGGCAUUCCCGGUAUCGGCACUGAGCUGACGGUCGUGCUGACCAGCAACAACUACGCCGUCCCAGACGUAGCCAUCAAGACAAAGGUGCAGGUGAAAGCGGUGCGCCUGUCGCCCAAGUCGGCCCUCAUCGCCACGUAUGUGCCGGCCAAGUAGGCACGCCGUGGUCGACGGUACAGGCGAAGCACAAAUGAAAUAGAAAAUAUAUUGAACAUCGCUCAUAAAUAAUAAUGCUUAAUGCAGAGCAAAAGCAAAAAAAAAAAAAAUAAUAUGCUCCGAUGCACGCACCAUCGUUCGGCAAAUCUGUUCUGCUCGCUUUUUCUUACUAUGCGCUAUUCUCGUGAUCGAGUAACGGGUUUCCAUUGUGGCCAACACGCAUUUGCCGUUACUGCAGGACACUGCCUAUUGGGUGCGUGGCUAGCGCGCAAGUGGUGUCGAGAUCGAAAUAAUAUCGUUUAUUGCAAGCA